AUGACAGUUGUCGCGGCAGCUGGAAACGAGAGACUUACACUCGAGUGUGACGCCUGGAUCAAGUCUUGCCGCAGCUUGGCCAAUCUCCAAGCGAUCCACAAGCGGAUCAUCCUCCGCCACGGCGGCCUCUUCCUCGAUCGCAACACCGGCCUCUCAAAUCUCCUGCUCCAGCGCUAUGCCCGCUGCGGCAGCCUUGAUCACGCGGAGCAAAUCUUCGCCGCCAUCCGGGACAAAGACGUCAUCUCCUGGAAUGCCAUGCUCUCCGCAUAUGCCCGGACGGGGCAUCACACCGCCCAAGCCAAGCUCCUCUUCGACUCCAUCCCCGACCGCGAUCGCGUCUCCUGGAACGCGAUGCUGGGCGCCUACGUCCACGCCGGAAACCUCCAGGAAUGCAAAGACAUCUUCGAUAGAUUUCCGGAACGAGACAUAGUUUCAUGGAACUCUCUCCUUGCGGCAUAUGCCCAAAAAGGGCAAAUGGACAAAGCCCAAGUUGUGUUUGAUCAGAUGCCCGAGAGAGGCCUGAUCACCUGGAACACAAUGCUGGCAGCAAACUCCAGAAACAACCAUGUCGCUCAAGCCAAGAAACUCUUCGACGAAAUGCCGGAGAGAGACUAUAUCUCCUGGAACACGAUGAUGAACGCAUAUACCCAAGCCGGGCAUAGUCGCGAGGCCAAAGAGCUCUUCGACCAAAUGCCAGCGCGGGAUAUAGUUUCAUGGAACGGGCUUCUCAUCAUGUACGGGACGAGUGGCAAGACCGACCCGGCCAGAAGCGUGUUCGACGCUAUGCCGUACAGAGAUCUCGUCUGCUGGAACGUCAUGGUCUCUGUGUAUGCCCAGUCCGGGCAUCUGGAUCCUGCCAGGGAGCUGUUUGAUCGCGCGCCGGAGCGAGACAUCGUGGUGUGGAAUGCGAUGCUAUCGGCAUACGCAAAAGCAGCAGCAGCGGCAUACAAUCGCAAGCGCCAGAGAGACGUCACACUCAGCAAAAUGGUAGUCGACAUCAAGCCUGUGGGAGCUGAUGGCUCCGAAGUCCAUCCCACCACCUUUGCCUCCAAAGAAAAAGAUAGUGAAAUCGAGGACGAGGACGAGGAGGAGCGGCGGCGAUGCCACCGGGAUUUGGAGGCGGCGCGGGAGCUCUUCGAUGCAAUGCCGGACCGAAAUGUGAUCUCCUGGACGACGAUGCUGACGCUGUACGCCCAGAGCGGGCAUGUCGGUGAGGCCAAGCGUAUCUUCGAUCACGCGUUGAUGCCCGAGAGGGACGUAGUUUGCUGGAACGCUCUCUUGGCUGCCUACGCGCAGGCCGGGAACACCCCGGCUGCCACCCGGAUCUUCGCGCUCAUGCCUUCGCGCAACCUCGAGUCCACCAACGUCAUGCUCGCGAUGCUGUUCCACAGCUCAAACUCGCGAUCCAUCGCUCGCGGGCGGCGGAUCUUCGCGCGCUCUAUCCGCGAUGGGAUUGCUCCCGACGAGGUGAGCUUCGUCCAUAUGCUCUUUGCUUGCAGCCACUCGGGCGGAUUGAGCGCGGGGCUGCGCUACUUCCGAUCCAUGGCGAUGGAUUUUGCGCUGCGCGGGACGAAGCAGCAGUAUAGCAUCAUGAUCGAUAUCAUUGCCCGCGCUGGGCAUCUGGAGGACGCGCGCGAGCUCAUCACAAACAUGCCGUUCUUGCCCGAUUCUCGCGACUGGACGAGCUUGCUGGAUGCUUGCCGGAGUAGCAGUGGCAAGAGCGCCAUGAAAGAGCGCGUGAUCGACGUUGCCAGGCACGCGAUUCGAUCGGAUCCACGGGACUCGGCACUCUACGUUUUGAGCACAAACAAUCUUUGA